UAUAUAUCCAUAUAUAAUGAUAUUGUGUAUAGAUUUUUAAUUUUUUUUUAUUUAUUUAUAUAUAUUUUUUUCAACAGCGCACCACUUUUGUGCUGCAGCAUGUGCACCUGAACAUACUGCCAGUGACACCAACAGAGUUUGGGCACUUGUGAAUUGCCUGAAUUGGUGUGAUCUGGAACCAAGACUGUGUGGGACUUAGUGGGUGUUCUUGUGUGUGAGGAGGAAGAUGAGUGGACCAGCAAUAGCAGUGCUUCUAAUCCACCUCGGAGCCACCUUAACAUGGGCCUGGAAAGCAUCUCAGCCACGACUACAGUUCACACACUCUGAACUGAUCCAGAAUGGACGCCUGCUCACGCUGCCCCUGGAGGCCGGAGACCUGCACUCCCUGCUGCCUGAUGACGAUGGGAUGCAUCUAUAUGUGGCCAUGAAAGAUAACCUGCUGUCGACCAGCAUGGAUGACAUUACACAGAACCCCCGCAAGUUGCAUUGGCCUGCCAGUCCAGACCGGGUCCAAGAAUGUUUAAUGGCUGGAAAGGAUCCAGAGACGGAGUGUGCUAACUUCUUACGGGUUCUGCAGCCUUUCAACAAGACUCACCUGUACGUGUGCGGCACAGGGGCCUUCAACCCCAGAUGUGCUUUCAUAGCUACCAGCGUCUUCCAACAGUCAGGACACCAGACGCUCUUGUACAGCCAGACUGAAUGCGGGAAGGGCAAAUGUCCAUAUGACCCAUUUCAGAAAACAGCAUCGGCAGUUGUCGAUGGAGAACUGUAUGCUGGCAUUACUUCAGACUUCAUGAGCAGAGACUCUGCCUUCUUCCGUAGUCUUGGCAACCGCCACGUCAUCCGCACCGAGCAGUACGACUCCACCUGGCUGCAAGAUGCCCAUUUUGUGCGGGUCGCGCCGUUGUCUGAAACAGAUAAUCCAGAAGACGAUAAAGUCUACGUGUUCUUCACCGAGCGAGCUCAAGAGGCCGAGGGGGCCGCUGGAAAGGUGCUCUACUCCAGAGUGGCUCGGGUCUGCAAGAAUGACAUCGGGGGCCAGAGGAGUUUGGUCAACAAGUGGAGCACCUUCCAGAAGGCUCGUUUGGUGUGCUCAGUCCCGGGACCAGAUGGCCUGCAGACACACUUUGACCAAUUGCAAGACGUCUUCAUCCUCCAUGGCAAAGACAAAAAGAACCCACUCAUCUACGGCCUGUUCACCACUUCAAGCGAUAUCCUCAAUGGCUCGGCCGUGUGUGUUUACCGAAUGGAGGAUGUAGUUCGGGUAUUUAAAGGAAACUUUCUGCACAAAGAGGGGCCGCAGUAUAAGUGGGCAGAGUUUACUGGCAAGGUGCCCUACCCGCGUCCUGGAACUUGUCCCAGCAGCACAUAUGGAAGCUACAGCUCCACCAGGGAAUAUCCUGAUGAUGUCAUCUUCUUCAGCAGGACUCACCCACUGCUGGAGGAAAAUGUUCUGCCCUUGGGAGAGCGGCCCCUCCUCGUCAGAGUAGGAGUGCACUACAAGUUCAGCAAACUGCUGGUGGACAGAGUAGAAGCUGUUGACAGCACCUAUGAUGUCCUCUUCAUCGGCACAGACUCUGGCCUGGUGUUGAAGGCCAUCCAUUUACCCAGAGAACACGGCCCAAGUCAGGAAGUAACGUUGGAGCAGCUGGAGGUCUUCCAGGACAAAUCACCAGUGACUGUGAUGACACUCUCCAAGAAAAAGCAGUGGUUGUUUGUGGGAUCCAGGGAAGGGGUCUCCCAGCUGGGCUUGUACCAGUGUGAACUAUACGGAGAAGCCUGUGCCGAGUGCUGCCUGGCCAGAGACCCGUACUGCACAUGGGACGGCCACGCCUGCAGCCCCUACAUGCCUACCGUGCGAAGGAGGAAUGCUCGACACCUGGGCGAGGAAGAGGAUCCGUUGACUCAGUGUGUCAGACAAGGAGCCGGGCUGCAGGUGGAGGCCGAGCAGAGGUUGAUGAUGGUUGCCGAGGGCAACAGCACCUACCUAGAGUGCCUUCCACGUUCCAGGCAUGCUGCUGUUACAUGGUACAAGCAAGCCGGAGAGAACAGCCCUGAACUAAACCAGGUGCUGUCGGCUGAGCAGGUGGUGGUGAUCGAGCGAGGUGUCCUUAUCCGUCGGGCCAGUCUAUCUCACGGCGGCGUCUACCAUUGCCAGGUGGAGGAGCACGGCUACCACUGGACCGCCGUCACCGUCCACCUGGCGGUCUGGAGCCCCUCGUCCGAGCGGCUGACGACGACCUGGUCCGCAUCAUCGCAUCAGCCCUGGUACGGCGACACGGUUGCGCUGGUUCACUCGAGGAACCUGGGCCAGCACUGCCGCGCUAUCGGGUACCGCCCGCCUCGUAACCACCGUCGCCACAGCGACCUGGUGGCGAAGGCCGCCAAGGAGAAAGAGAGGGCAGAGAGACACAAGCACGGGGGAGAAAGAGGAGGAGGAGGGGGUGGAGGAGUGAGGGUGGCGGGUCGGAAGAGCAGGAGCAAGCCGCAGCAGAGAGCGCCGAGGAGUGCUUGAAUAUGUCACGGACCAGACGCACGCCAACGUUGUACAGGGUGGGCCAGAAUUCAUGACUCACCUAAUUGUACAUAUACAACUAGUAGAGGAGUAUAAUACCAUAUACAGGCGUGAAUCCAUAGAAGAAACGAAGGAUAUGAGAGUACAGUUGCAUAUCGUCGAGCAAGAGAAGUCCUUCAAGUCUUGAUGUUUUUCGUGGAGAAUUGUCCAACUCAGUUCUCAAGUGUUCUUUAUCUUCAUUUGAACAGAUCUUGGCCGUCCAUUUGUUUUGGGCUCCGCAGCAAUAUCGGUUUUGUCAAAUAAUUUGAAAAUCCUCGCAACGAUCUUUCUCGUGGGUCCUUGUGGCCUAUAAGAUUGCACCCAUUGCUCUCCAAAUUUCACUCUCACGUUUCAGAAACCUGAUCACACAUGAACAUAUUUCUGAAAGCUGAGGCAUAGCGAAUCAAAUUCGGAUUGUAUUUUAUUUUUUUUUUAGAUUUAACAAGCUGCUAAGCUCAUUAUCAACUAACUACACUAAAAUGCACAAACAAAUCAUACGUAGAAAUAUGACUACCAAGUCCGACAGUAAUUCUAGCCCACUCUGUACAUAGGCAAAAACAUUUGCAUGCCCUUCCCAUCUUUAAAAAAGGCAUUCUUCUUUUUAUCCCGCUAUAGUGACAAAUGUCAAAGUGACCUAGACAACAAUAACAAGACAUUUGUCGAGCAGUGUUGUUGACUGUUUAGCAACUAAGGAAGUAAUCACGAGGGAUAUGUCUUCAUCAAACUUUGACUGAAUAGGGGAUCAUGAUCUCAACGUAAAUAUUCCACAUGUAAAAAAAAUAACAAAAACGUUUGCUCCUCAAGGAUCCGUUUUUGUGCUUGUGCAUGUUCCCAGCUACGAACCCGCUUCCACACUUGUUUACGUCGCAAUUGUCGUGAUUACCAUACUCAAAUAUGCUACUCACAAAAAGAAGAGAUCCUCGGCUUUCCAGCGAGAUUUUAGGAGGAAUUUAAAAUGCGCUCUUACAUAGACAGAAUUUGACGUCUAUAAAGUUUUAAAUGCGUGUCCAACUGUUAAAUUUUUCAAUGCUUUUUGUGUAAUUUUAUCUAACAAGUAGCUGAAUGGGAAAAUUCACAGUAGGUGUUUGAUCCAUCUAUAUCUAUAACUUACAUUUCAAAAGUUCUGAGAAGGUCAAAUCAAUUUCACUCCUAAAGGUUAUAGUUAAUAAGUUCGUUCUGAAAUUUUACUUGAAAGACGAAUCUCACUAACUUCUUGUGAGUGGUGUAUUUCGUGACAAUGCCAUACUCAGGUUUUUAGUUAGUUUUUUUCUUUUUUUUUUGGGUGUUAUUGUCAAUGAAAUGAACUGUUGUGGACAAUUGGAUCUUCCAUCCCAAAUGGAGGAGCCAUAAGGCAAAUACUUUACAUAGAUGUGAAAUCAUUGAUUUGGUGGCACUCACAUUAAGGACACUAGCACAUCAUAAGGACUGCAAAGGAGCAACAUUUAUCGUCCAUCUUAAAUGUGAGCUUCAUUCUAUUAUCUUUAAAGGGAUAAAAAUGUCAACAGUAGAAGGGUGUGUCACGCUAAAGGAUAAAAGCACUUCUGGGUCACGUCAUUUAUAUUGUACAGUAUUUAACAGGUAAUGGCACUGAGGAGUUUUUAAUUGAUUGGCGGCGUCAUGACAAUAGACAUGGGAGUUAUCAUUUUAAAGUCAUCGUAAAGAACAAUUGGGAUCUUCCUUGCUCAAGUGUUCCCCCGACAGCGAUGAAGCAUCAAUAACUUUAGGAGGCCUUUGUUUAUGAAUGCAAAAAUGAAGUCCUGUAAAUGUGCAUUCAUUAAGAAAACACAUGAUGUGUCCAGGCUGGUCCAAGAUAAUGACACCACGCUUAAAAAAUGUUGCUUUAAAAAAGAGUACAGAGGAACCAAUGCGGUCAAAAACAAUUAGCUCCCUAUAAAUUUUUUUAUAAAAAAAAGCACAGCGUUAAAACAGUGAUUUGUGUGAUGUACAUGCGAUUAGAUUACUGCAUGUUCUUGGGAGAGUAAUCACUUCAUAAAAAUCCAGGCCACUGAUGUACAUUUCUUCCUUCUGUAUUAUCCUCUUGGUUGUAUGUAUUGUACUGCGCAGCCAGGACAUACAUUUUGUUUUUCUUUGACAUCACUGAUACGCUUCUGUGGUCGUCAUAAAAAGCCAAAGUAAAUGUAAAACGUGAAGUUUCACCCUUUGGAGGCUCAAUUGAAUUUCCUGAAAAUGGUGGUUGAACUGUAUGCAUUGCUCCUUUGGAAUCAUUAUUGGGGUGUUGUUGCUACACUCAAGACGCUCACACACUCUUUUAAGUGAACUUUUAUAGUAUUAAGAGUCAAUAUCUGGGUUAUAAAGUCGUCUCGCUAACCACACAGAGGUCCGUGAUUGUGUUUAAAUUGUUUUUGAGAAUGUGUGUUUGCAAUUUUAGUGUGCAGACUUAAGAGCGGCAUCGCAAAGAGACAUUGGACAAAGUUCUAUCCAACAUGGAUGACUUUGCACGAGGACCCGCAACUGGAUUGUCUGUGGACUCUGUACAGGACGUGCAUGUUUUAUUUUAUGUCUGACACGUUUUGGAAAAGUCCCAGCAGAUGAGCAAAAGAAUCGCUGGUGAUCCAAUGUACAUUUUGUAAAAUAAAGCAAAUCUUGUGAUGGAACCCAGGGAAGUUGUUGGGGAAAAAAUGGCAGUUUUCUCAAUUUUAAAAGUGUUAAACUAACAAAACUGUUUCACAUGAUUUUUUUUCUCUCAGCAUAUUUAUUUCCCGCACAAGUUGUGGGCUCACACAUUCAGGAAAAGUUUCCAGCCCUUAAUGAACUGCAAACUUUUUCACCUCAUAAGCACUGUGUGUUCCUUUAUAAAAGCUGAAAGACUUUUUUUUUUUUUUAAUUUCAUUUGUUGACAAUCUGUUUUCUCUUUAGAUGAGUCUGCAGGCAUGCAGUCCUUGGA